ACUGCAUAAAAUAGAUCGCGCCAGUCAGCCCGCCCGUAGCAUAGUGGCUCUUCCCACUUUUCUUUUGGAGGAGAGUUUGUUACUGCCGCAUAAUUCCAAACCCGAGCUGCGUUUUCACCGCUGGCUGCCAACAACGAUGUUUUCCAUACUGUGAGAGAUGAUGACCGGACGAGGCGUCGUCGACGAUGAUGACGACGAGACUACAAGCUCGAGCGAAGGCAGCAGCUCCUCUUCGGACAGCGAGGCCAGCGAGGCUCCUCCGAGCGCGCACAACGGCACGAAGGCGGCCGUUCCCCCCAUCCGUAAAGAUGGCAUGGCUGUCUGUGAGCGAUGUGGGACUGUCGGUGUGAAACAUGCAUUCUACUCCAAGACCAAGCGUUACUGCAGCGUCCUCUGCUCUCGGGGGCUUGUCCGAGCUGGGGGUGGAAAGACGUCAUCCUCGCAGAACCUGACCAAGCGUCCUGUGCCACAAGCACAGCGAAAUGCUCCACACAUAUUAAAGCCCAAAUAUGAAAUGGUUACUUCCUUUGACUGGAAGCCCUACCUGACCAAGAGUGACUUUGUGGCAGCCCCCGUUUCCUGUUUUAAGCAUGUUGCCUUUGCUGAUUGUUGGGAUAACGUGACUGUCGGGAUGAAGGUCGAGGUUGAAAACAGGGACUGUGAGAGCUUCAAGCACAUCUUCACCAGCUUCUACUGGAUUGCUACUGUGGUCAAGAUAGCUGGCUACAUGGCCAAGCUUCGAUACGAAGGGUUUGGAAUGGAUGACAGCAAGGACUUCUGGGUCAACCUCUGCGUCGAUGCAGUGUAUCCAGUGGGCUGGUGCGCAUCACAGGGAAAGCCUCUUAUACCACCAAAGACGAUUGAGCACAAGCAUGGCGACUGGAAGCAGUUCCUGGUCAAGCGGCUGACAGGCGCUCGUACUCUCCCAACAAACUUUCAUGCCAAGGUUCGCGAGUGCAUUCGUGGCCAGUUCCCCAUCGGGCUGCGGCUGGAAGUGGUGGACAAGAAGCGCAUCUCCUCAGUCAGGGUGGCUCGCGUGACCCACUGUGUGGGAGGCCGCAUCCACAUAGCGUAUGAGGGUCUUGAGGAUGACGGCUUCUGGUGCCACGAGCGCUCGCCACUCAUCCACCCCAUUGGCUGGGCGCAGGUCAUUGGCCAUGAUCUGAGAGCAUCGCCUGAGUAUGCAAAGGCGUCACUUGAAAAGGCACUCUUGAGAAAAUGUGAACCUGACGAAGCAUCGUGGGACAUGUUCCCACCUGUGCACACACCGCAAUGUGAGCUGAAAUUCAAAGAAGGCAUGAAGCUGGAGGCCAUUGACCCCCUCAAUCUGUCCACCAUCUGCGUUGCCACGGUGACUAAAGUCCUGCGCAACAACUAUCUCAUGAUUGGCAUCGAUGGCAUGAUGGCUGCCAACGGCUCUGACUGGUUCUGCUACCACGCCUCAUCACCCUGCAUUUUUCCUGUGGGUUUCUGCGAGCUCAAUGGAAUUGAGCUGACACCACCAAGAGGUCACAAAGGAGAGUUCCGCUGGUUUGACUAUCUUCGGCAAACUAAGUCUGUCGCAGCACCUGUGUCCCUUUUUAAAAAGGAUAUACCCAAGCAUGGCUUCCAGGAGGGCAUGCAUGCCGAGGCGGUGGACCUGAUGGAGCCGCGCCUCAUCUGCGUUGGUCGUGUGACCAAGGUGGUAGGCCGGCUGCUACGGGUGCACUUUGACGGCUGGGAGGAAAGCUAUGACCAGUGGUGUGACUGCGAGAGCCCCGACCUGUUUCCUGUUGGCUGGUGCCAGAUGGUCCAGUAUCCCCUGGAACCGCCCAGGCAGACCGAUACCAGCUUUCUCAAGAAGAAGAAAAAGUACCAGAGCUACAAGGGCCCCCGCAGAAGUGAGUUUCGAACUCAAGAACCGACCCAAAAAAAGAAGAUGCGCUUCAUGCCUGGAAGCCGCAAGAGUGGGGGAACCAUCAAAGGUGGAUCUCCCGGUGAUGAUCUCUAUGGCGACGAUGAUGUCCACGCCAAAGCUGAUGUUGAUGACAUGGUCACGUCAUCAUCUGAUGCAAGUGCGCUGAACCGUUCGGACACCAGUAUCGGUGCCAGCCCACAGUCGACCGCAGCCAUGAGGACAAGGACAGGGUCGGGUGCACUGAAGGUCAGGACAGCAUCUGCAAAUAAAUCAAAUAAGCCGUUGGAAGUAGGCGAGGAAGUGGAAGAGGAACGAGUGCAGACACGAGGCGGCCUUGGGCUGAGCGUGUCCCUGAGCAGCCUGCACCCCCGGCGCUGGGGUGUGGCACACGUGGCGCGCUUCCUGCGGCUCAAUGACUGCGCUUCCUACUGCCAGGGCUUCUGCCGGCAGAAGGUUGACGGAGCGCAACUUCUGGAGCUGACCAAAGAAUCUGUCAUGGCCCUGACCGACAUGAAGGUGGGGCCUUCGCUCAAGAUCUUCGACCUGAUUCAGCAACUCAAGGCAGAGUUCAGGGGUAAAGACUGUCUCAAUUGAAGCUUCCCGAAGGAGAGGCCUGCCACUUUCUUGAGCCCACAAGGGGGUUGCCGAACCGGGGUCAUAAGACAAUCCCCAGUCCCACUAUACCUUUAAAACAUCAUUUUUUCUAUAAUUUCGAUUUUGCAUCAGACAAUUGUUUGGCUGCACAUGUCAUGUGCUUCCGUUUACACUUGUGUUCUAGAGUUGAGUGCAAUUCGUGAUGUGCUGAAAAAUCAUGCAUCACCUCCCAUCAUGUUUCUCUCAUUUGCUGAAUGCUACCAAGUAAGCAGCUUAUUUUUUUUUUUUUUUCUUCUAUCUACUGUCUCCUCUGCAUGUACAUUCUUUGAGUGCAGUGUCACAGAUGCGCAGUGCUGGUUGUGAAGCUGUCCAUGUCCAAGUUUCACAGAGGGAACCUAUUUGCAAAUAAAAUGAGCCUUUCGAAACAAA